AUGGCAGAGGAGAAACAGGUCGACAACUCCCCAGACCCCUCGGAUUUCCCCGACGGCGGCUGGAAAGCCUGGUCCGUUGUACUCGGCGCUUGGUCAUGUCUGUUCUGCAGCUUUGGCUGGGUGAAUUCCAUUGGUUUGUUCCAGACAUUCUACCAAGAUGAGCUGUUUCCGUCCUACUCGCCGAGCUCCGUGGCCUGGAUCACGUCCGUUGAGACGGGAAUCAUGUAUAUUACUUCGCCGAUAUAUGGCAAAAUAUACGACAACUAUGGGCCCAAGCCAUUAGUAUAUGGGGGUGCCUUUGCCCAUGUGUUUGGUUUGAUGAUGGCCUCGUUGGGGAAAGAAUACUACCAGAUCUUUCUGGCGCAGUCAAUUUGCAGCGCCCUUGGCGCGGCGGCGUUGUUUUCUGCUGGAAUGGGACCCGUGGGCUCGUGGUUUCUGAAGAACCGAGCAUUGGCUUUUGGUGUUGUGGCUUCGGGGUCGUCGCUGAGCGGUUGUUUAGUCCCGAUCAUCGUUACUCGACUCAUCCCGCGAAUUGGCUUUCCAUGGACCAUGCGCAUCUGUGCCUUCAUGUUCCUCGGUUUGUUGCUGCUGGCGAUGAUCUUCCUGGAGCCGCGCGUGCAGCCGCAGCCGAAACCAUGGAAGAUCAGGGAUUUCAUGCUUCCAUUGAAGGAGCCACCCUUUGUGACCACUGCGCUGGGGCUGUGUCUGUUCUCGUGGGGCAUGUUUAUCCCAUUCAAUUUCCUCGUCCUCGAAGCGCAGACCCACGGCAUGAGCCUGUACCUAGCGAACUAUCUCAUUGCUAUCUUGAACGCCGUCAGGUAG